GUAUUAUUUUGUUUUAUUUGUUGGUGCUAAAAAUAUUGGUGUGAAGGCGAAAAAAAUUGUGUUUUCAUUGAUCGAAUCGCAUCAAAGUGAUGAAUUCUAGGUGUUUCUUAUUGAAAUGCCGGUUGUUGAUUCUUCAUUCCUCUUUACGUCGUUUUCCCUCUCCAGAAUCCUGCCAUUUUCAGCUUUAUUUGGUUUGAUUUUGUGAAGAAUUUUGAUAUGAUUGGGUAUUCUAAAUGGAGCAGCGUGUGGGGAAUAAGUUUCGGUUGGGGCGAAAAAUUGGGAAUGGCUCAUUCGGAGAGAUUCACUUAGGCACUAAUAUUCAGACGAAUGAGGAUGUUGCAAUCAAGCUCGAAAAUGUGAGGACAAGACAUCCCCAAUUGCUUUAUGAGUCAAAGUUGUACAAAUUACUUCAAGGAGGAAUUGGCAAUUUUUUUUAUUUUGACAGCCGGAAUCCCAAAUAUUAAAUGGUUUGGGGUUGAAGGUGACUAUAAUGUUCUCGUGAUGGACUUACUGGGGUCGAGUCUUGAGGACUUGUUUACCUUUUGUAGUAGGAGGUUGUCGUUAAAGACUGUUCUCAUGCUUGCAGAUCAGAUGCUUAAUCGACUUGAGUUUGUUCACUCUAAGUCUUUUCUGCAUCGAGAUCUAAAGCCUGACAACUUUCUCAUGGGCUUGGGAAGGCGUGCAAAUCAGGUUUAUGCCAUUGACUUUGGGCUUGCCAAGAAAUAUAGAGAUUCUAACCAUCAGCAUAUUCCAUAUAGAGAAAAUAAGAAUUUGACAGGAACAGCCAGAUUCGCAAGUAUAAAUACACAUCUUGGCAUCGAACAAGGCCGGAGGGAUGACCUAGAAUCACUUGGUUACGUUGUCAUGUACUUCUUAAGAGGAAGCCUUCCCUGGCAGGGACUGCAAGCUGGAAACAAGAAACAAAAGUAUGAUAGAAUUAGUGAGAAAAAAGUUCAAACAUCAAUAGAGUCUUUAUGCCGUGGCUAUCCAACCGAAUUUGCUUCUUAUUUCCAUUAUUGCCGCUCACUAAGAUUUGAGGACAAACCUGAUUAUGGUUAUUUAAAAAGACUUUUCCGUGACCUUUUUAUUCGUGAAGGUUUUCAAUUUGACUACGUAUUUGAUUGGACUAUUUUGAAGUAUCAGCAGUCACAGCUUGCCAAUCCUCCAUCUCGUACCCUAGGUGCUGCUGGAACAAGUUCAAUGGUGCCACCUGGUAAUAACGACAGAGACUCAGGUUUGGAUGAAGGCAAGCCACCUCUUCGUGGGAGAAAUGUUUCAAAUUCUGCAAAUUUGAAUUUGUCUAAAAUGAAAGAUCCAGUUGCAAGUGAUAUACCAAAGGAGAUAUCCACUUCAAAUGGCCAGAAAGUCAGAACAUCAAAGCAACCUGCAGUUUCUAGUAAUCGGGAUUCAGAGAAUUCUCAGAAUAAUGGUGAUCCUUCACACGCAGUCGAUGGAGAUAGUGCUGCGCGAAAAAGUCCGCCUGCAACGUCACACAACCCCUCCAACACAAACCCUAGCGACUACACCCUCAAGGGAAUGGAGAGAAUGAAUAUUGGCAAUGACUAGAUAAUGAAUGCAGUGUUAUCAGGACUUGUGGUUACGAUUUUUCCCUUUGUAUACGUAUACGAUACCGACACCUAUUUAACACGGAGGGGAGUCUGUUGUUUCUCCCUCAAGGAAAGCUGCUCACAGAAUCCUAACCAGUAAAUGGUGCUUGCAGAUAAUGAGAUGUAAGGUAGCUUCCAAGGUGAAAGUGAGACUUUUGAGGCGACGAGAGUGAGGUUGGUUCGAGGCCGGGGUGAAAUACCACCUCAGGUAAGGCAGAUUCAUUACCUGUCUAAUGUUGUACUAGCAAAUUCUUUUGAUUUGCCAUUUUCAUGGCAUGUAGUUAUAAAUUUUUUGUAGCAAAAAUGCAUACAAUUUUUUAUGGUGUGUAUGUUAUGGAAACUUGAGAAAUAGAAUGCACACUUAUGCUGUUUAAUUGCA